CUCAGCUCUCUUUCCCUCUGCGUCUGCGCCAUUUUCGUCUCUUCUCCAACUCCAACCCAAUAUCGAAGCCCCAUCCUCCCCCACUCUCUCGAUCUCCAUGACAUUGACGUCUUGAGAUUCUCUCUCUCUCCCUCUCUCUCUCAUAUGCGGGCGGUUCUGUUUCCACCUUCAUGGCGUCGCUGACUCCCGGCGUUUUAUCCAAGCUGCUUCAGAAUGUCGGCAACAGGGAGGUCAAGGUCGCCGGAGAGCACCGCUCCCCCCUCUUGCAGGUCAUAGGCAUUGUGCCGGCCCUUGCCGCCGCCGACGACGCCGAUCCUUGGCGGAACAAGGGUUUCUUCGUCCGAGUCUCCGACUCCGUGCACUCGGCUUACGUGUCGAUAUCCGACGAGGACGUGGAUUUGAUUUUGACGGAUAAGAUUCAGCUCGGCCAGUUCAUUCACGUGGCGUGGCUCGACGCGGCUUCCCCCGUCCCCGUGCUCCGCGGGGUCCGGCCGGUGCCGAGGAGGCGCCCCUGCGUCGGCAACCCCAAGGAUUUGAUCUCCAGCGACUUGCUAUCGGUUCCUGCCAAAGUGGAGGCUGCGGGGAAGAAGGGGCCGAAGGCGGCGAAGAGGGCGGAGACGAAGGCGGUGGUGAAGAGAGCCGUAUGCGAAGAGCCGAUGCCGAGGCGGCUUUUGAUGGAAGGGUCGGAGUCGAGGAGGUUGAGCUUGGACUCGAGCCGGAGAGGUUGGGAACGGAGUGAGGUGGCUAAGAACAGUCCACGGCCUUCAUCAGUUUCGAGAUUGAAAGGGUCUUCCAGUUCAUCCGAUAAUGCUGUUGGUGUAAGCUCUGGUAGGAAAGCUUAUUCUGAAAAGGAUUCUGCCGUAAAGCGUUCAAAUUUAAGUAUUUCACCACCGCUUAAGAAUGAAAAUGAGAAUGUUUCACAGAAGAUAGUAAGCAAGCCUCAAGGAAAAUAUUUGAAGUAUCCCACUGAAGUUACUCUACCAAGCCCUUUCCAAAAGGUGCCCCUCAGUUUUAAAACUUGGUCUAAUAAGAUGUCUUUGGACUCAGUUCCUCAUGUUGUUCGUGAUCUUGGGAAGGAUGCUAUCACUCAUCGGGAUCAUGCAUUUUUGGCUUCUGUAUAUGCACUGGAAGAAGCAUCAGUUUCAAAUUGUGUCAUCCAAUGCAUGAGCAUGUUUGCAGAACUGUGCCAGUCCUCCCAGAAAGAUUCUGCAGGAAAAGUAGUAGAGCAAUAUUUGAACCUUCAUCAUGCUAUGCAGAAAGCAACAACUGAUGUUUAUGCCUUGCUCAGCAGAAGACUUCAGGAACCAAAAACCAGCCCUCUCUUGAAUCGUCAACUGCCAGAAAUCUGUGCAGAUCUACCCAACAAGAAUGCCAUAUCAUGGAUUCGAGCCGCUGUGGAGACAGAUCUGUCCAGAUUCUAUUUGUUCAGAAAUGAAGAAGAAAGGGACGUUUUGAAUGGUGAGAAAUGCCAUCUAGUUGUCUUGGAGAACACAGUAAAGAAAGCCGAGCAUGAGAACCAUUCACCUCAACACAAGCAAAGCCCCAGUAACCAUAAAAGCUCCUUUCCAGAGUCAAGUGUCAAAGGGCCAUCUCCAAGUCACAGGUCUUCCUUAACUACUAAGAUAACCCAGAGGGAGGGAUGGUCAAAGGGCAAUGGGUUAAAAGAGGUAGCUACUUUGGCGGGAAAACUUGUAUCAGUAUGUGGUGCGUGGUUUUUGGACUACUUAGAGGAUGCAUUGAACAGAGAAUUUGGAUUGAAGACAGGAGACUCAGGAUCUGAAACCUCAGAUGUCCUUAGGCAGCUUAAAAGGGUUAAUCAAUGGUUGGAUGACUCAUUCAUCAAAGGAACUGGAGCUGACGUGAGGAUAGAGAGCUUAAAGCAGAAGCUCUAUCAAUUUCUACUGCAGCAUAUUGAUUCUGCUAUAGGUAAAUGAGGUACAAAUUGACUUCUAACUAGGAUAUCUGUGUUUUACUGAGCAUGUCAGUUGAGAUCUGAUGCCAUGUAGUUUAGAAGAGUUUAGCAUACAGCUCCUAGUUGUUUUAGCCAAAAAGCAUAUGAAACCAUCUAAUGUAGUUUUAACUUAGCUGACUAGAAAUGAACAAAAGUUGGUGAAAGAAUUGUGAGUUGUAACUCUUAUACUCU